UCCAGGCAGCUCAGACUGCUGGAAGGAACCGAGCCUGCUUGACGUUGCUGCUUCUGCUGCUGCGGUCGCUGCUGCUGCUGCUACUGCUACUGUUACUGCUACUGUUACUGUUACUGUUGCUUCUUCUUUUGCUGCUCCCGAUAGAGGCAGGCAGGCUUUGGGACUGAGAGAGACAGAAUCCUCAGAAAGACGGAUUGACAGACUGACAAAUAGAGUGAUUGACGGAGGAGGAAUUGGAGUGAAAGAGGACCCAGAGCUGCCACUGCCGCUGCCAACAGCAGGCGCUCCGACCCUGGCCCAGUGAGCGGGCGCCCCUUACUCUGCUCUUCCGCCGGAUCCCCGCACCCUCGCGGGGCGAUCGUCAGUGGAUUAUUGGCCCCCGGUGUUCUCGGUUCUCGGGAACAUGAAGCUGCCAUCACUUGUUCUUAAGCUGCUUCUGGCUGCAGUGCUCUCUGCAUUGGUGAGUGGAGAAAGCCUAGAGAGAGUUCAGAGCCGGCUAUCAGAAAACCAAGGGACAGAGAAAGAGAACCCUGACUCAUCCACUGGAUCAUCAAGCCAGCUGCUUCAUUCACGGGUUAGCAGAACAGAAGUCCUCGACCUACAGGCCGAUGAACGUGACCUUGUUAGAGUUGCAUUCUCUUCCAAACCACAAGCUCUGGUCACUCCAAGCAAGGAAGAAAAUGGGAAGAAGAGAAGAAAAGGCAAGGGAAUGGGGAGGAAGAGAGACCCCUGUUUGAGGAAGUAUAAGGACUAUUGCAUCCAUGGAGCAUGCAAAUAUGUGAAAGAACUUCGGAUGCCAUCAUGCAUCUGCCAAACAGGAUACCAUGGAGAACGGUGCCACGGAUUGAGUCUCCCGGUGGAAAACCCCUUAUACGGUUAUGACCACACAACAAUUUUAGCAGUGGUGGCAGUUGUGCUCUCUUCGGUCUGUCUCCUCAUCAUUGCUGGGCUGCUCAUGUUCAGGUACCAUAAGAGAGGAGUUUAUGAUGUAGAAAGUGAAGAGAAAGUUAAGCUGGGAACUCCUAUUGCCCACUGAUGGAAAUCCUGAGUGUUUAAGGUAUCAGCUGGGAUGUGCUACCUCCUGAGAAGACACAAAAGCACAGCUGCAAACUCUGCCAACUGGAGGCAUUUCCCCAAUGUUCAUGAAGAUGAAGAUUCCUUUGUUCGAAGCUGAUGUAUCAAUUGGGCCUCUACAACUACUUCAUCAAAAUGCCAGAGCCUCCAAGUGCCAAGCAGAUUUAUGUCAAAGGGAAUCUGGAAAGGAAAAAGACUCAAGAAAGAGACAAUAAUGUCUCUUCUCCUCCCCCCUCCAAUCCCACUAGAAGUUUAUUUAUACAUUUAUCUUUUGGAUUUAAAAUGCCAGUAAAAUUCCAUAUGCUCUAAAAGUCUUUGACUGAAGAAGGAGAGAUUUGUGGGCUUUAGAAUGAAGGAAAAUGAAAGGAAAAAAAAAAAAAGACUGAUAAGCCAAGUACUCCAGUAGU